AUGGCUGCUAUCGCGCUUUUGUUCUCCACUCUGCUUGUGGCCUCUGCGAAUGCCACUCCCACUAGCUUCGGGAGCAUCCUCAUCCCCAGACAAUCGGUGUCGGUUAACGGACUAUGCGGGGCCUACAAUGGAACUGCUACUUGUGCGGGCAGCGCCUUUGGAGACUGCUGCAGUCAGUUUGGAUACUGCGGCAGCCAACCCGUCUACUGCGGCACCGGCUGCCAGACCGGCUAUGGGAUUUGCGGCGUCGAUACUACUUUGCGCUGGAGAAGCCUAGGCUGCUACUCGGAUGACACCAACCACCGAACCCUCAACACGUCCAUCCUCGUGUCUGGGAAUACCGUGCAGGCAUGCCAAGCCACCUGUGCCCAGGCCGGCUUCACGUAUGCGGGCAUGGAGUUUGGCACCCAGUGCUUCUGCGGGACGGGGAUCCAGAACAAUGCGGGCCCCGUGGCGUCUGGAUGCGACACCCCCUGUGCCGCCGACGCCUCCCAGAUCUGCGGGGGUUCCAACGCGCUGAGUCUGUACGUCAUCGUCCCUAUCUGGCAGAGUCUGGGUUGCUAUUCCGACUCGACCAAGGCGCGCACCCUCAGCACGUCGUACAACGUGGCCGGGAACACGGUGGAGAAGUGCCAAGCGGCAUGCCAGGCCGGGGGAUACCUGUAUGCUGGCAUGGAGUUCGGCAGCCAAUGCUUCUGCGGGAACUCGAUUGACAAUGGCGGUGCUCCCACCUCUGGAUGCGCCACGCCGUGUGCGGGAGACUCAAGCGAGGUCUGUGGAGGGUCGAAUGCGCUGAGCAUUUACUAUCUGUUCCAGUAG